AUGAGUUUAUUCCAAACAGAUGUUCGAUUUCUAGGACAUAAAAUUUGUCAAGGAAGGGUCACUCCUAUUCAAAGAGCUAUUGACUUUGCCUCAAAAUUUCCUGAUGUUAUUAUCGACAGGACUCAACUGCAAAGAUUUUUGGGGAUUUUAAACUACAUUUCCCCGUUCUAUAAAAAUCUUUCUCGAGAUUUGGCCCCAUUAUAUGACAGGUUAAAGAAGGAUUAUAAGUCUCCUUGGAAAGACAGUUAUACUAACUUGGUCAAAGAAAUCAAGUCACGAGUGCAUUCACUACUGUGCUUAACCCUCGCCAACGCUGCUUGGCAAAAGAUUAUUGAGACAAAUGCGUCUAAUAUUAGUUAUGGAGGAAUUCUUAAACAGAUUAAUCCCCAUGAUAAAAAUGAAUAUUUGAUUAGGUUUCAUUCUGAAAAAUGGAAUGAGGCUCAGAAGAAGUACGCGUCGGCGGCUCGUGAAAUGCUGAAAUUAUGCACUUCCUGA